UGAAUCGCCUUUUACAACAUAAUUUAGGGGCACAGAUCCGUUUUGUCGUUGCAAUUUCGGCAUGCGGUGUGUGCUGGUGUAGUGUCCCUCUGUUGUUUAUACUGAUACUCACAUAUUGUACCAAGCAUAAUGUGUGCCUUAUUUCGUAGUAUCAGCGGUAGUAUAGGCCGUUGCCUACACCGCUCGGUAUUGCAUCCCACCCGCCGUUUUUCCGGCAACGCCACGACCUCCAGCCACCUACAGAAAGGGAGCAUAUCCCAGGUUAUCGGCGCUAUCGUGGAUGUCAAAUUCGAUGGAACGCCACCGCCUAUAUUGAAUGCAUUAUGGGUUGACACACCGGAAGGACGUCUUAGCCUGGAAGUAGCUCAACACCUCGGUAACGGUGUUGCACGCACGAUCGCAAUGAGUGCAACCGAAGGUCUUACGCGCGGUCAGGAAGUUGUAGACAGUGGUAACCCAAUCACAAUCCCAGUAGGGGAAUCCACCCUGGGUCGUAUCAUGAACGUUACCGGUGACCCUCUUGAUGGUUGCGGUCCCAUCCCGGAUUCCAAGCGGUUGUCGAUCCACCGUGAAGCCGUGUCGUUCAGUGACCAACGUACAGAUGAAGCCUUGCUGAUCACGGGUAUCAAAGUGGUUGAUUUGUUGGCACCCUAUGCCAAGGGAGGUAAAAUUGGUUUGUUCGGAGGUGCCGGUGUAGGUAAAACGGUCCUGAUUAUGGAAUUGAUCAACAAUGUCGCCAAGAAACACGGUGGGUUCUCCGUGUUCGCUGGUGUUGGUGAACGUACGAGGGAAGGUAACGAACUGUACCAUGAAAUGAUGGAAACGGGUGUCAUCAAGCGCCGUCAACUGGAAGACGGAACAUUUGACUUCUCGGGCUCUAAAGCUGCUUUGGUGUACGGACAAAUGAACGAACCACCAGGUGCUAGAGCCCGUGUUGCACUCACGGGAUUGACCGUUGCCGAGUAUUUCCGUGAUGAAGAGGGGCAGGAUGUGCUACUCUUCAUCGAUAACAUCUACCGUUUCACCCAGGCCGGUUCCGAAGUGAGUGCGCUGUUAGGAAGAAUUCCAUCCGCCGUGGGUUAUCAACCUACAUUGGCCACUGAUCUCGGAGCACUCCAGGAACGCAUUACUACAACCAACAAGGGUUCGAUUACAUCAGUCCAGGCAGUAUACGUCCCAGCCGAUGAUAUCACUGAUCCCGCUCCAGCUACCACUUUCUCGCACUUGGAUGCCACUACAGUGCUUUCUCGUUCAAUUGCGGAGUUGGGUAUUUACCCUGCGGUCGACCCGCUUGACUCAACGUCACGUAUGCUGUCGGCCAACAUUGUAGGACAGGAACAGUACGAUGCCGCACGUGGUGUACAGAAAAUUUUACAGGACUACAAAUCACUGCAGGAUAUCAUUGCCAUUCUGGGUAUGGACGAGCUGUCUGAGCAGGACAAGUUCGUUGUAGCACGCGCCCGUAAGGUACAGCGUUUCCUGUCUCAGCCGUUCCAAGUGGCUGAGGUGUUCACCGGCAAGCCUGGGAGGUUCGUUGAACUACAGGAUACCAUCAGCGGUGUCAAGGAAAUCUUGGAAGGUGAGUGUGACGAUAUGCCCGAAAUGGCGUUCUACAUGGUUGGUGGUCUGCAAGAAGCAAAGGAAAAGGCUGCAGAAAUGUCAAAGACCAAGUGAAUAUAGCGGACAGUGGUUCACUAAAAAAAGUGUAACUAAAAACUUGAAUGUUUCAAUACCAAAGGGUUGACGU